GCGCGACACUCGGUGGCGCUUUGCGGCAGUACCGGCGUGCGGGGCCAUGGCGGAGGAGGACCCGGCAGCUGCGGCGGCGGGGAGCGGCAGCGAGAGCGAGGAGGGGCAGGAGGAUGGCGAGCGGCGGCACCGGCAGCUCCUGGAGGCCAUCAGCGCCUUGUCCGGACGGAAGCGGCGGAAGCUGGCAGAGCGCUCGGAGGCGAGCGGGCAGGUGUCUGAGUUCAAUGUCACCUGCAAAGGCGCUGGGGAAAAGCUGGUCCUGUCGGAGCUGCUGCAGCCCAUUCAUCCCAAAUCCACGCUGGGCAGUGUGAGGAAGGAGCUGGCCAGAGUGAAGCGGAAGGCGGCGGUCGAGCUGCCACUGAGCAAAGAGGAGGCCAAGAGGGUGGUGAGGGAGGCCGCCUAUGUGACCACCUCGAAGGACGUGGGGAAGUGGCAGCAGGUGGUGCUGCAGAACCGGCGCGCGGAGCAGCUGGUGUUCCCUCUGCGGCAGGACAUCGCCACCGUCACCCCUCUGGAGAGAGUCACCUCGGCAUGGAAGGCUCGAACUCCACUGGAGCAGGAGAUCUUUGGAUUGCUCCACAAGACACAGCAGCCCGUCACAGACCCGCUGUUGACACCUGAGGAGAUGGCCUCAGUGCAGGCCAUGAGCUUGGAGGAGGCCCGGCGCCGGCGGGCAGAGCUGCAGAAGGCCCGGGCAGUGCAGUCCUACUAUGAGGCCAAGGCUCGGCGAGCAAAGCGGAUCAAGAGCAAGAAGUACCACCGUGUGCUCAAGAAGAGCCGGAGGCGCCAGGCCCUGAAAGAGUUCGAGCAGCUGCACAAAUCGGACCCUGCAGCCGCCUUGGCACGGCUGGAGGAGCUGGAGCAGCUCAGGAUGCAGGAGCGGAUGAGCCUUAAGCACCAGAACAAGGGAAAAUGGGCCAAAUCCAGGGCCAUUAUGGCUAAGUAUGACCUCGAGGCCCGCAAGGCCAUGCAGGAGCAGCUGGCCAGGAACAAGGAGCUGAUGCAGAAGGUGCGGGUGGAGCCCCCUGAGGAGGAGCUGUGUGAGGUGCUUGAGGAGGACACCACGGCCUUGCCCAUGCCCAGCGGGGCUAAUCCCUGGAUGCUGGGCAGGCCCAGUGGCCUGGCCCCAGAGCCUGAGGCACAGGAGGGUCCAAGAGAUGACAUAGUGCCUGGUGCUGUGGAGAACAAGGACAAGAUGGAGGAGGAGGAAGAGGAGCUGUCAGAAGAAGAAGCUCUGCUGCAAGACUUCGAGCAGAAACGACGGGAGCGGACAGGGAGCCCUGAGGGGCAGGGCAGAGACCAUGUAGGUGCUGAUGAGACUGAGAUUGGUGCUGAGCAGCCCAGGGACAGCCCAGUCCCCCCAGUCUGUGCUGAGGAGUUGGUGAGCGCAGGGCUAGAGCCUCCCCCUCAGGCCCAGGAACAGCUCCUGCUCUCGGAGCAGCCGCGCCGCGUGCGGACCAUGGAGGAUGUGGAGAAUCUGGCUAAGGACGAGCUUGUGGAAGAGCAGGAGAAGCUGGUAGUCCUGAGAGCAGGGAAGCAAGCACAGCAGCAGGAGGAAGGCAGAGCUGGGGACAGACAUACCAAGAAAGCACCAGCCAAGAGGAAGAUGAUCAGCUUGGAGGCUGUGCUGGAUGGGAAGCCCCAGGAGAUGGACUGCCCCAGCCUGCCUGUAGUCCUGGAAGAGGAGGAGGGUGGCAUCGAGCAGCGCGGGAUGAUCACGGAGGCCUUUGCUGGGGAUGAUGUGGUCGCCGAUUUCCGCCGGGAGAAGCGCAAGGCAGAGGAGGCAGGGAAGCCGCAGCCGGUGAACCUGGUGCUGCCAGGCUGGGGCGAGUGGGGCGGCACGGGCCUGAAACCCAGCGCUAGGAAGGUCAAGAGGUUCCUGAUCAAGCCACCGCCGGCGCCUCAGCGGAAGGACCAGCACUUGCCCCACGUCAUCAUGAGUGAGAAGCGCAACAUCCACGCGGCAGCGCAUCAGGUCAGCGAGCUGCCCUUCCCCUUCGAGCGGCACCAGCAGUUUGAGCAGAGCAUGCGGACGCCCGUGGGCCCCACGUGGAACACUCAGCGUGCCUUCCAGAAGCUGACAGCCCCUCGAGUCAUCACCCGCACCGGCCACAUCAUCCAGCCCAUCUCGGCCGAGGACGUCUCCGACACGGCCCCUGGCAGCGAGGCCAGGCUUGAGGGGGAGGCCAUGCCCAGCAGGAAGGCUGGGCCCGGGAAGAAGGCUGUGUCCAGGGGGAAGGCUGGGCCCGGGAAGAAGGCUGUGUCCAGGGGGAAGGCUGUGCCUGGGCAGAAGGCUGUGUCCAGGGGGAAGGCUGUUCCUGGGGCGAAGGCACAGCCCCGGCGCUGCAGAGCGCAGUAGCUCUGUGUCUGCAGCCUGGAGGCUCAAACUGGAGCGAGCGGAGGAACCAGCAGCAGCAGCUCCUGGUUCUGUCCAGUUCCUUCUACCUCUUUCUCUGCAAUAAAACCCAGGGCUGCCCUUC